UAGGUAUAACUCGGCUCUCUUUUCUUCGAUCGCGACGACUGAGUAUGGGGUUAUGGUUGUGCCUAGCUCCUUCGAACCAGCCGAUCUGAUGACAAGCAAGAAUUCGUUUGCAAACUGUUCGUCUUCUGAACUUGGGAUCUCCAACGCAGAUAUACUGUCAGCACUGUCGAGUGGAAAAUACCAGAACUUGACAAAAGAGGAGUGUGUCGAUACUUAUGCCGUGACAUAUCUCGCUGGACGUGGGACGCUAAUAGUCCUCUCGAGCAAUCUGACAACCGGGAAUAAUUCGAUUCUGUAUACCGGGACUGGGAAUGAGGGUGCGCGUACGGGGAUUAUGGGGUUAACUGGCCCGUAUUAUCCGUAUGAAUGGAUGUGCCACUCGCUUCCUGGCAGUUCGGCUUGCACCAAAGCCAAUGUCAAAGCAGCCCUGGGGAAUCUGACAGUGGUCGGUUCUCAGGCUUCGCGUCCUAACUGGGUCGUAAAUGCCUAUACUCCUAUCGGUCGGGAGACAUUUGAUGCCAACCAUUUCCCUCCAGUUAGUGACUGGGGAGACAUCACCGCGGAUAUACUAACUCUAAGCAAUCACCUCGAGGAAUCUGGGCCAGAAACUGCCGACGAGCUUCAGAGCUAUUUGGAUAAUGUAGCUAACUGGAAGAACGGCUCAUGGGCUGCGGAUGUGACGUUCCAUCUGGACGGUUCUAAUUGUCCUGCCGAGUUUUCAACCGCAAAGGUUUCAAGUAAAACGUAUUCCUUUGAUGGAUGCUUGAGCCUAGAGGCAGAUCAGUACUGUCAGCUGUUUUUCAGUCUGCCUUUGGCACUCGUAGUCAUUGGCUGCAACGUGAUCAAGGUUCUUUGCAUCUUCUUUGCAGCCCGUAUUGAGAGAGCGGAGACUCUCUUGACUGUUGGGGAUGCGGUGUCUUCUUUCCUAACGAAACCAGAUCUCACCACGAAGGGGAUGUGCUGGGUGUCCCGGUCAGAUAUGACUCGCCUUCCUCAGCCAUGGCGUCGCGGUCGGCUUUUGGAAGGCUCGUAUACACCGAUUCGACCGGUCGUUGAAUCUAUAAGAUCAGAUCCACAGCGCUUGCGUGGCAGGAUGCAGUGGAUGCAGGUACCCAGUGGGCGUCGUUGGGCAGUGACAAUCAUUUCAUGCUCCAUUCUUCUCGUCGCCGCAGGAGUUCUCCUGGACCAAGCAUUUAGCGAUGAUGGAAUCAGACUAUAUGGAGGCAGUACAGACCUAGCGUAUCUGUGGAAACUUGGUCUAGGAAAGGUCGAUCCCAGCACGAUUAUCUACUCGAUUGAACUGAGUUUAGUGGGAUACAUUCUCGUUGCCAACUUGCCGCAACUCCUUAUUUCCAUAUCGUACUUUUUCUACAACGGCACCUUCACCAGCAUGCUUUCUGCCGCUGAAUACAGCCGCUACGGGAUGCAUCGGAAGUACCUCCGUGUCUCCUGGCCACGGGGAAAACAGCGCACGACAUACUGGCUCAGCAUGCCCUAUCGGUACAGUAUUCCUCUGCUGGUAGUCUAUGCGGUGCUACACUGGCUGGUAUCGCAGAGUCUGUUUUACGUCAAUGUGCUCGCAUACGACUUGAACCACGAGCUUACUCAUUACGGAGUGACGACCGGAUUGGGAUAUUCGCCCAUUUCGAUUAUUUUGGCCAUAAUAGUCGGUGGAGUUAUGCUAUUGGGUCUGAUAGUCAUUGGGACCAAGAGGCUGAAAAGCCGGGUGCCUGUGGCUGCAGGCUGCAGUUGUGUUAUCAGCGCAGCCUGCCAUUCAAACGACGAGGAUGCAGCCUUGAAGCCAGUAAUGUGGGGAGAGAUCUUGGAACAGGACGGGGCUGCAGAUGAUGGCAGCGAAGGCAGCAAGGCCGGACAUUGCAGCUUCGCCUCCGAGGAGGUUGUCAUACCAUCGAAGAGGAAACAAUACGCCUGACGAUCGAUCUAGACCCAGGGAUUUGGAGACGAUACUUCUUGCAUUCGGGGUCAGAACCGUCCCUUAGAUAGCCAGUCUGUACAUUAAUUACCAUCCAAUCUUCAACUUCCAGCUGACCACAGAAUCCACGAAUGAACCCUGCAAACCCAUGAACGUGGACGUAAAAAGUCUUGGGUAUGACAACACC